AUGAAGACUACUACGAUAAUGGGCUUUCGUCGAGCUCUGGGAGGUCCUAUGCACUCAGCAAAGAAGCGAUCUAGCUUGAUCUUAGGUAUCAGGCAGGCCAGUACAGCUAGUGACAAACCGCCUAAGAAAAAACGAGUCGUCAUCAUAGGGUCAGGUUGGGCGGGUUACACACUCGCUCGAACUCUUUCCCCAGCCAACAGCACUCGAAUCCUUAUAUCACCUCGAUCUCAUUUCGUAUUCACGCCCCUUCUUGCCUCCGCUUCCGUUGGCACCAUCGAGCCCCGAGCCUCUAUAGAACCAGUCCGUCGACUGAGUCUUGACAAUUUCCACCAAGGCUGGGCUUCCGGCGUGGACUUCAAGCGAAAGACUGUUUUGAUUGAAUCUGCCCCUCCAGACGAUGCUGUGAGCAAUGGUUCCCAGCCCGUCGGCAGCGGGACAACGUUUGAGGUCGAAUAUGACCAACUCGUCCUAGCUGUGGGCUGCCACAGUCAAACAUUCGGCAUCGAAGGCGUCGAAGAGUACGCUUGCUUCCUUAGAGACGUUGGCGACGCCCGUAAAUUACGGCAGAGAGUCCUUCGGGCUUUCGAAAAAGCAUCCAUGCAAACUACCCCUGAAUGCGACAGGAGAAAGCUUCUCCAUUUUGCCAUUGUCGGUGGCGGGCCAACAGGUAUCGAAUUCGCAGGGGAGCUCAAUGACUUGCUUCGCAAAGAUUUGAAGAAGAUGUACCCCGAGUUACUGCCCUAUGCCAAGAUCACAAUAUAUGACAUCUCCUCCAAGGUUCUCCCUAUGUUUGGCGAGAGCCUGACGAAUUAUGCAGUCGACAGACUUCGCCAACAAGGAAUCGAGGUCAAGACUGGACACUCAUUGAAAUCCAUCCGUCGGUCUGGAGAGCUCUUAUCUCUCAAGAUCGACCAGGAGACCGAAGAUGUUGGUGCCGGCGUGGUAUUAUGGAGCACUGGAUUGAGACAGAAUCCUCUUGUCCAGAAGUUAGUUCAACAGAAGAUCGAGGGACAUGGUAACAUCUUGAAGAAUACCGGUACUGGGGGGAUAGUGGUUGACUCCCACUUCCGUGUGCGCACAGACAAUGAUUAUGCCCUUCCCGAUGUCUUUGCUAUCGGCGACUGUACAGUCAUGGAGAACCAUCGUCUUCCAGCCACAGCACAAGUAGCCAAUCAGCAAGCUGCUCACCUUGGACGUUACCUGAAUAACCCCAAGGCAGAUAUGAAACCCUUCAAAUUCCGGGAUCUGGGGGCCAUGGCAUAUUUAGGCGGCUCGAGAGCAAUCCAUCAAAACAGCAAAGGGGAGCUCAAGGGGAUAGCUGCUUGGCUUCUUUGGCGCGCCGCGUACUUGGUUAAAAGUUUUAGCAUUAGGAAUAGGCUACUGAUUCCUGUGUAUUGGGCAGCUACUUGGAUUACUGGCAGAGAUAUUUCGAGAUUUUAG